GAGAGAGGGAGCGAGGAAGAGAUUUUUCGGGUAGCGGGUGAGGAGGUGAAGAGAUGUUAGUGUUUAAGCGGUGUGUCUGGAGUUGCAGACAAAAGCUGAUACUGUUGAAUCCCUUUUGAAAGAUAUCCGUUAAAUAGAUCAACAAACAAGAUGGCUGGAUUAAAAGCAUUUGAAUUAAGAACCAAGUCUAAGGAACAAUUAGAAAGUCAACUUGUUGACUUGAAGAAGGAAUUGGCCGACUUGAAGGUCCAAAAGUUGACCAAGCAAUUCGUCCCAAAGAUCAAGACUGUCAGAAAGGACAUUGCUAGAGUCUUGACCGUCAUCAACGCACAACAAAGAUCUUCUGUCAGAGAAUUCUACGCCGGUAAGAAGUACAUUCCAAAGGAUUUGAGAGCAAAGAAGACCAGAGCUUUAAGAAGAGCUUUGACCAAGGAACAAAAAUCCUUGAAAACUGAAAGAGCUAGAAAAACCGCAAUUGCUUACCCAGUCAAGAACUUUGCUCUUAAGGCUUGAUCAACUAAGUAAAUUUACUUGUCUUAAUUCUUAUAUAGUUUAGUAUAAUA